AAGAUGGAAGAGUGGGAAGGUGAUAAUGGUUUAUUCAGUAUUGACACAGAUCUGUAUCCCCAGGAAGAGAAGCGAGCAAGGACUGUUCAAAAUACAAAUCAAUUAUUCGACCCUACAGAGCAUUUCGGGUUCUGGUUCGAAGCCGAAGACGACCCAGUCAGAUUUGACCCGAAUGCAGACAAUAAUUCGGAUACUUUGAUCACACAUCUCAUGCACAGAGCGAAUGCCGCUUUUGCGAGAAACGAGUUUAAAAAGUGCAUCGAAGAAAUUGAAAGUCUCAAGCGCAGAGUCCCGAAUCUCAAAAGAAUAGUGAUUGCCAGUGCUAACUUGACGGAAGCCUGUUGCUACAUCGAACUGAAGAUGGACGAAAAGGCAAAACAGUUGACACGUGAGGUGCUCAUCAGCUGUGAAAGCCCUGAAGAUUACAUAGGUUGUUACAAAGUGUGGAGAAAGUUAGGGAGCAUGCAGAAUAGCCAUGCCCAACAAUUUGCUCUAGAUUUGAUCACGAUUCAUUAUGACCCUCACAACUUCUUCGCCCUCUAUUCAGUCGCCACUUCCAAAGACCUCAACUUGCUCUCCAAAACUACCAAGGGAAAGCAAUUUGGCCUAGAUACUAUCAAAGUUCGACUCCUUCUUAGAGCCAUGUUUUUGAGCCAAGCUGCAGUCGCGUGUAAUGAUUCUUUCUUUGCUACAAGAUAUCAAAAACUGAGCCAGGUUUCUUCCCAAGCUGUCGAAUGUCUGAAAUCCGAAUCAGCGUUAACUGAAGAAGAAAUUGAUCAUGCGCGUGGAACGGAGAGAUCAAAUAGUUGUCUGUUUGAUGUAAACAAAUUACCGAAUGAUGUUUUGAUGGGUCUUUUUGACUCAAACUGUGAGCAAAGCAUCAAAUUUUUUGGAAUUUUAUGCGAUAGUUUUGUCGAUCAUUUUUUGUUUAGUGUGUCAUUAAACUAA